CGCCGCAGGUGAAGGAAAGAAAAGAGGGCGUGAUAAAUAUAGCCCGCGUUGUCCUCGUCGUCGAUAAUUCCUUGGUCCUGGACGGCCAGAUUGGUACGCCAACGCGACUUGUACGAUCAGAUCAAAUCUUGCGAGCGAGGACAACCGGCAGAUCCAUGGACAACCACAUGCUUCCUGGCCUGCUGGCCGCCACCGGCCUCCCCGAGCCGGCCGCCGACGCGCCGCUCCCCGACUCGUCAGAGCAGAUCUACAUCGCCCCCGUCGCGCUCCUCAAGAUGCUCAAUCACGUGCGCGCCGGGGUGCCGAUGGAGGUGAUGGGGCUGAUGCUGCAGGAGUUCUUGGACGAGUACACGGUGACGGUGGUGGACUUGUUCGCAAUGCCGCAGAGUGGCACGGGCGUGAGCGUGGAGGCCAAUGGAGGUGAUGGGGCUUCUCCACCGGCACAAGAGUCGCCGCCGCAGGUGUUGCUGUUGCAUCCGGCGACGCGGGGGGGCGUCGGUGCGGCGGAGUUCGGGCGGCGGGCGAAGGAGCUCGGGCGGGUGCGGCGCCCGAAUGUGGUGGCGGUGCGGGCAUACUUCCAGGCCAAGGAGGAGCGGCUGCUGGUGUACGACUACUACCCCAACGGCAGCCUCUUCUCCGUCGUCCAGGGUCAGUACACUCGUCUUUAG